AUGCCGACUCCCUGGCAGUUUGGUUCUACUUUAGGCGCUUCUGCGUCUAAAUCUUCAAGUGAUUCUGACUCUCUGGAGUCUUCUUUGUUUUCCCAUCAGCAAAAUAUUGCUCCAGUAUCAUCACCCCUUACAUUUGACCUCAAUGGCAGUCUAAGCACACCGUCUACAUUUAAAAAGCCUUCCAGAUUUAGCCCUUAUUCCGUGGCAACAAGAUCUUUUAAUUCGAAACCUGUCCCUUCUUCUAAUGGAAACUCAGUCCCUUCAUCUAUUAAAGAGCCUCCUUCUUCAGUAAAUGGAAACUUAAAAUACUAUCUCAGCAGCGUUUACAACACCACAACAAAGCAACCACAAACAUCGCAACCUAGGGCCGUUCCAGAAUUAAAAGUUACAUCCGCACCUCCUGGAGGCUUUCGCAGCAAAUUCAAUCAUACAGCUUCUUCUGGAAUUAAGAAACUUGUCAUUCAGAAAACAAAUAUUCCUACUGCAGAGUCUCUGCGUGGGAAAGCAAAAACCCCAUCCCCUUCUGAAACAACUUCUUCACCUUCACUGAACCCUUCCUCGACUCCCAUUGGCUCCACUUCGUUUUCUUCAGUCGACGGUGUUCCUCUUGGAACUCCUAUGCGUCACAAUCCGGCCAUUUCUCGUGUUUACGAAAUCAACAAAACUGCGGUGGAUGCUGGUUAUUGGAUUGAUCCAUCUCUGGAGUCUCUGUUUUCUUACACAUUUGAACAACUUUCAUCAGUUUCCGAUCUUCGAAUCGGACGCAAAGAUCACGGCUACAUUCGCUACAUCAAUCCUGUAGAUAUCUCUUCUAUUAAUAAUCUAUCUGAUAUACUGGGAAACAUUGUUGUCUUUGACAACUACUCAGUAUGUGUCUACCCCGAAUCUAAUCCAAACAAGCCACCACCAGGAAAGGAACUUAAUCAACCUGCAGUGAUUACUCUCGAAAACAUUUUUAUUUACCUACCCCUUAGUCCCAAUUCUAAAACAAGACAGAAAAUUACAGAUCCUGCCCAUCCCGGUGCAAAGCGCAAAACAAAUCUUCUCAGAGAAACCAUUGAGAGCCGAGGUGGCGAGUUCAUCACAUAUGAUGUUACUACUGGCGUUUUUGUAUUUAAGGUGCAACAUUUCAGCUCUUGGGGCUUUACAGAAGAUGCGCUCAUUUACGACGAUCAAGAUAAUAAACCAGAUAAUGCGCAGAACUCCACCUUUUCCAGGUCAAACAUGGAAACCACUGGUGAAAUUAGUUCAAUUCCUGAUGACACGUUUGCUCACAAACUCAGUGCGGCUCUUUAUAAGCCAAUUAAUUUGUCUUCCCAAAUAACUACCCCUCAUUCAGCAGUUUCGGACACUACAGUAUCCUCUCCUCGAAUCGUUCAAGAUGCGUAUACCUCAUCUCAAACAGACGAUGCAUCAAUGUCUGAAAAUCAAAUAACUCAUGCUGACCAGUAUAACAUUGUUCUCCCAGAUGAAAGCUUUCAGAAUGAAGAAACAAGAUUACCCCCUAAGGAUUGGAUAACUAGACUCUCUUAUGCAUCUUCUUUUAACUCAGUUCUGGCACCUGCUGCCCCAGAUUUUAGCUCUGAGUAUGAAACCCCUGGUGUUGAACCUACCGACUACACUUUCAAUGCCUCAGAUAUUGAUAAUACUCUUUUUGGUGGUACCAGAACUCUUAUUAAAAACUCAACAAUUGGUAUUUAUACCGAAGCUUCAAAGACCUUAAAGCUUCCACCCCCGUUUUCAAAGUUUUCAUUUGCAAAGUUUUCUUCAACAAAUCUAUUGCUCAAAGCUUCUGAUCCGACUCCAUCUUCUUACACCAUUCAGAAUUUGGCUUACAAUAAAGAUACUGCAAUCCCUGCCUACUAUAAGGAUAUCCUCUCUGAUUUGAUCAAUACUUCUAAGGGAAACGCAAUACUUCGUCCAGACUCUUACCUUCCUCUUUUCACUGCUCCAAGUAAUCUCUCUUUUAGAUAUUUACUUUCAAAAUUCCCCAACCUAGACUCUCGCUCUCGUGAAAUCUUUCUUUUGGGUUCCAUUCUUUUUGACAACACAGAAUUACUGGGUAUGGAGCCAAUUCCACAGGAUGUUUCUUCUGAAGUUGCAGAAAAAAUCACUCAGCAGUUUCGUGCAAAGCUUUUGGCUCAGUGGUUGACAGACUCUGUUGGAGAUGAAACAAUCGCCAAAGUACAAGCUUCUCAAGGUGAUCCGCUGGCACAAGCUCUUGCUUACAUUCAAGGCAAUCAGAUUACAAAGGCUGCUGUUACAGCUGUUAGAGGUCGCAACCUGCAUUUGGCUACUACUAUUCCCUUGUUUGGUUCUCCUGACUUAAAAAUUCGAAGUACAGCACGCCGCCAGCUUCAAGAUUGGACUGAAAAACGUACACUUGUCAAAAUUCCAACACCAAUUCGUGUGAUUCACGAAUUACUUUCCGGGAAUACAAAUGUAGCGAAGGGUAUUCCUGGUACUGAAGCUAAAACACUUUAUCUUUCUCAAUCUCUUUCAUGGAAACAAGCCUUUGGAUUACGUCUUUGGUAUGAAUGUACUCCUCUGGUCCCUAUUCCUGUGGCUGUUUCUAAAUACCAGCAAGACUUUUCCACGCCUUCCAACAAUGUUCCAACACCUUACAUUGGCAAUUCCAAGGUUGCUCAUGUUGAAUACGAACUGAUUUCUCUGUACGAAGCUACAGAUGCCAAUGUGGCGCGUGUACUCGAUCCCCGUUCAUCUUCACCGAGUCCUUUUGAUUAUAAGCUUCCUUGGAUUUUACAUCACAUUCUCGUGCGCUCCAAGAACUUGUCUACUGGGUCGGGUGCCAAUUCAGCACUUAUUGGUGAUGAAAUUGCUCUUGAGUUUGCAAACCAAUUAGAAGCUCACGGUUUGCUUGUUGAAGCUAUUUUUAUUCUUUGCCACAUUAAAUCCAACAAUGUUGCUCAAGAAUCAGUCAACUCUCUUAUUGGCCGCAACAUUGAACGUUUUACCUCUAGUGACCUUAAUCUUCUUGGUCUCAAUGGUCUUGGUAUUCGUUCUAAUAUAUUUGCUGAGGCUAGGGCUCUCUAUGCUCAUUACAAGGGAGAUUUUUGGGCCGAGACUGAGCAUCUAUUGGAGGCCGGUCUGUGGGAAGAGGCUCAUGCAUGUGCUGUUGGCACUGUUGCUCCAGAGGCUGUGAUUGCCGGUGUACCGGCCACAAAGAAAUUGGCUGAAUUACUUGGAGGUUUUGUGCACCCAGAAAUCCGUGUAACCACUUGGUCGCGAGGUGGUCAAGUGUACCUUGACUAUAUUUAUCUUGUCGAACAAAUUUCUCUUCUCAAAAGAGGAAUUAUAGACAUUCAAGAUGGUACAUUCAUACAUGCUAGCUUCGUGGAGAAAAAUGGUAUUACUCGACUAUCCAUCCCUACAAUCGGUAAACGCCUUUUACAGGGCCUUUCUGAUAUUAAUGUUCCAAUUUACAAUUCUAGAAGCACAGGUGAUGACAAGUCUGCGCAAAGCAAGUUUGCUUUUGAGACACGCGUUGCUGUUAACAUCAUGGCCUCUUUUGUACGAGAAAACAUCCGAAUUUUGGGACUGGAGGAUCACGCAGCACGUAUACUUCAAAUCAACGUAAGUGAUGGAAAUACACAACUGGUGCAAACCAUUGGGCUUUCAAGUGUGUAUCUCGCUCAGCGCGUGUCUCUUGAAGCUUAA